AUGACGAUCUUUUGUCUUGAUAUUUUACUGCACGGAAUCAUUCCUGCUGUAACCGGUGGUUUUUAUUACGAUCUAUAUACCACCCCUUUGGCCAAUACUGUACAUAUUUAUUUAUGGAUUUGUUUUAUGGUACUUCCUCUUGUCUUAUAUCUGUUUACGCCAAUCAGUCUUAUAUCGUUCUAUAUGUACCCAUUAAUAAUAGGAAUAUUAUUUUCUUUAAUAAAAUUGCUCAACUAUCGUUUACAUAAAUUUUUUGAUUUGGCUGUAAGAUGCGAUGAUCCUGCCGUGGAUAAUAAAAAACCUACAACAACUAUCGGUGAUGAUAUUGAAGAAGAAGAACAUAAAUUAAUCAGUCAACGUACAACAAAUGAUAUUCAAUCAUCAGAUACACAGCCACUAUGGAUUGAUUCCUUAUACGGUAGUAAUAACAGCAAUUUGCCCUCUAUUUAUGAUGAUUCUUGUACUCAUCUACGUCGAUCAAAUAUUACAACAAUAAAUGAUUGUCAUACAUCCACAUUAGUAUCACAACCACCGGCUCCAAAGCAAAAGACUAAUGAUCAAAUUAAUGAAAUAACAAAAUAUUCUUUAACAGAUGUUAUUUUACAAGGACCUAGUCUUCAAGAUACAUGUGUAUCUGAUUCAAAAUUAUGUCAAAAACAUGAACAAAAGCCAUUGAUAAAAUCUCACACACAUCAAAAUUCUAUGCGUCGUGUUCAAUCGGAUCUGAAUGUUGUAUUAAAUAAUAGCGAUUUAAUACAAACAAAUAUAACUGAACUAUCCACAAUAAAUGAUAGUAAUCGUUUCAAUCAAAAAUCAAAAUCUAUGGAGAAUAAUCUUAAUAAAAAUCAAUCCGAUAACAGUGAAGAAAAUACAUCAAGUGUCGAAAAAACCGAACCAAUUCCUGAAACUAAAUCGGAAAACCAUGCUGAAGGAUGCUCAGCUGCUGAUAUUCCAAUAGAUGAUUGGCGUCCAAUUUUACAAAUUCUUGAAAAUGUUUUCGCUGAUGAAGAUGAAACACCGGAUAUAAUUACUGAACAGUCAGAGGCACUGGAACCAUUAUUACCUAAUAAACGAUCUUAUUCUAGUAACCGUCGAAAUUCUUCAAAAUUAGUCGAGCAACAAAAUGAAAACCAACAUGAAUCAAAUGUUCCGACACGCUUUCGUCGUACACAUUCAACUCAAGGUCGACGUAGGCGUCGAACAUCACGUCGUGCAACAUCUGUUGAUCAACGUCCAUUGUAUUUUAACAGUGAACAUACUUCAAACCAUCAUCUUUCGCCAUCAUCAUCCUAUCCACGAUCUGCUUGUCUAAUCAAAGAAACCUGUUUCGAUGAACGUACAUCAAAUUACGAUUCUUUACGUGAUGAAACAAGUCUACGCGAUGAUUCAUUAACAACAACACCCUCCGAAGAAUCUUCACAAUUGUUCGUGCGUACAACUGAUCGACCUCGUUGGAUACCUGUUUAUCGGCACAAUCAAUAUGAUCCUGAUUCGUCAUCACAAAUUAUUGAUGAAGUUGAAUGGCAUAAUGAAACAAGUCCAGGAACUGUACAUUAUUUUCGUGAUGAAAAUGGAAAACUUUUUUCCUACGUUUUUGGUGAUGCAUCAUGUCAAGCACGCAUGGAAACAUCAGAUCCAAAACCAUUAAGUGAUACAAUUACUCGAAGUGGUAGUGAUGAAACCGAAGCAACUGUUGAACAAAUGCCAAGGGAACAGAUAACACCUCCACAUACGCCAUCAACUACAAUUCGACAAAGUCAUGAAUCGUCGUCAUUUUUUAGUGGUCGACGCCGUCGUCAUCACUAUCAUCAUCGACAACCACACCGAUCAAGACGAUAUGAACAUCGUGAGCAUCAAACAAGAAUAAAACAUCGAUCCGUUAAAGGACAAACAUAUCGAUUGAAAUUAUUCCAUCGAGAUAUUAUGGUUCCAUUCGAUCGUCUUUGGUUACUAACUGUUUUUGAUAGAGAUCGAUCAAUAGCUGAAUGUAUCUUGUGUAUAUUCUUGGCUAUCGUUGUUUCAAUAAUUGGUAUACAUGUUCUUUACAAUGAUAUUUACUAUGACUUGGAAAUUCUUGUUUAUUGUUGUGUCAUGGCUGCAUCUCAAUAUUCAUUAUUAAAAAGUUGUCAACCCGAUGUGAAUACUCCAGUCCAUGGCUUUAAUCGUAAUACAGCAAUAAGCCGUGCAAUAUAUUUUUGUUUAUUCUCGAGUUUAUUACUAUUAAUACAUAAAUUAAAAACCUAUUCAUGGCACUGUAUCUUAUUUGGAAUAAUAUUUUCAAAUAUAGCUGUGUGCUAUAUGAUCUAUAAUAUUCUAUCCAUAAUAUUAUUGUGUUUACCAUUAUUAUUUUUAUUUGGACUAUUACCGCAGUGUUCAACGUUUUUUCUUUGUAUACUUGAAAAUUUUGAUAUGCAUUUAUUUGGUGGUACAGCUAUGAUCAAUAUACCCGGAGCUUUACAUAGUUUUUUACUAUCAAUAAUUAAUUUUAUUUUUCUAUCAAUUAUUGGAUAUUAUGGCUUAUUAAUCGAUACAUCAAAAGAUCAUAUGCAAAACAUAUUAUUUUCAAUAUAUUGUGGCUUAACAGUUAGUAUAUGUUAUAAACUAAGUCGUGGUUCAAGUAAUCCAAACGUAUUUUGGAAUAUGAUCAAAUAUGAUUUAUUGAAAAUAAAACGAAUAAUAAGACAAAACGAAGAUAUUCAAGAUCCAUUGCCAGAUAAAUUAAGAACAAUCGUAAAAGAACGUUUACAAUCAGAUAUUCUUCUUUGCUUUCUUAUAUGCAUUGUUGUUUUUGCUGCACAUGCAUCAACAACUUUUACAAGUCUUCAACCAAUACUUAAUUACAUAAUAUGCUCAAUAGUUAUUAUUUUGGGCACUCUAUUUCACUACGUAUUACCACAAGUUCGUAAACAAUUGCCGUGGCUAUUAUUUAGUGAACCACUGAUCAAACAAGCAGAUUAUGCAUUAUUUGAACCAACAGAAGCAACAAAAGUUUUAUUCAUUGAAAAACUAUUUGUAUGGAUUGUUUUUAUCGAGAAAAAUAUUCUUUUGCCAUGUACAUAUCUUGGUGCACUUUCACAUUCGGCACCGACGGUUAUCAAUAAAUUUGGUCUAUUACCAUCUAUAUUAAUUUUAACAUUAUGUUCAAUGAAGAUGCUUCGUAUUGGCUAUUGUAAUCCGUCAAGACAUUUUCUAUACGUACUAUUAACCACAAUAAUGACAUACUUGAUGACAUCGAAAUGUUCGGAGACAUUUUUACUAAAUUAUUUCGUCUUGUCCACACUAACUGAAAAGUUAAUUGAUUUCAAAGAAAAAUUAAAUUUUAUAUUUGUUUAUUGUGCUCCAUGGCAAAUAUCAUGGGGUUCAGCAUUUCAUGCUAUUGCUCAACCUUUUUGUAUACCGCAUUCAGCUAUUCUUGUAGUUCAAUGUUUAAUGUCAGCCCUGUUAAAUUCUCCAUUGAUGCCAUUAUUAGGCAGUGCUGCAUUUAUAUCAUCGUAUCCUCGUCCGAUUAAAUUUUGGGAGAAAAAUUAUAAUACGAAACGAAUCGAUAAUACCAAUGUUCAAUUGCAAGCACAAAUCAAUGAGUUUCAUUGUGGUCUUGAUGAUAAUAAUUUGAAUGCGAUUUUCUAUGAACAUUUGACACGUGUUUUACAAGCAUCACUUUGUGGCGAAAUUCAGCUCGGACGUCUCGGUAAAGUCAAUACUGGUGAUUUUUUUAUAUUAACGAGUGAUAGUUUAAAUUGUAUGAUUCAUCUUAUCGAACUUGGUAAUGGUUUUAUAACAUUUCAACUUCGUGGUUUAGAAUUUAAAGGUACAUACUGUCAACAACGUGAAGUUGAAGCAAUAACAGAAGAUAUCGAUAAAAAUCGUGGUUUAUGUUGUUGUGAAGCUGGUCGUUUUCCUCAUAUGCUUUCACUCAAUGCUGCAUUUACACAACGAUGGCUUGCUUGGGAAGUUAUUUGUUUAAAAUUUGUUGUUGAUGGUUAUAGUAUAAAAGAAAAUAAAUUCAAUGAAACUGUUGUUGGUUAUGAUUUACGUAAACGACUUAUAUCAUUAAUGAUUAAAGCAGUGAUUUUUUAUGCUAUUCGUUCGGAUCAACUUGUUAGCUGGCUUGAAAACGAACAAAUUCGACAAGCAAUGAUGCAAUUCAGUGAUCCCGAUCAAGUUGAUGUCGAUCCGUCAUUUACAACUUUAUUUGAUGAUGAUUUCAAAGUUGGAGCAGGCGGUGUGACAAAGAAAACGUUUACUUUUGUUUAUGGAUCAUGGAUGAAUUUGUGUAAUAAUAAAAGACAAAUACCUUUAUCAUCGUCACAAGAAGAUGAUUUGAUAACAUUUUGUUUUAUACUUUCAUUACUUGCACGACGAACUUUAUCUAGUUCAUUACCUUCGCAUCAUACGGCUUUACUUGAAAUUUAUCAUGAAAAUUUUGUGCAUGGUUUUUAUUCACUUUUCAAAGGUGACUUUCGUCUUGCACACAAAGAUGAAUGGGCAUUUGCUGAUAUGUCUCUAUUAAAAAAUGUUAUUGCACAAGGCGUUCGAAUGUCAUUAAAGCUUAAUCAAGAUUCAUUUCUCGAAAUGUCGGAAUAUCUCGACAAUGAAAAGCUAUAUGAAGAUAUUGCUCAAAAUGACACUAAUCUCGUAAUAACACAUGAAGCAUCACCUGAAUGGCGAAAUGCAAUUUUAUCUAAUAAACCGUCUUUGCUAGCAUUAAGACGAGCACUUGUUGAAAGUAUUGAUGAAUAUCGAAUAGUAAUGUUAGAUCGUCGUCAUUUAUCAUUUCGUAUUGUCAAAGUUUCAAAAGAAUGCGUACGCGGCUUUUGGGCUUCACAACAACAUGAAUUAAUAUUUCUACGUAACCGUAAUCCUGAACGUGGUUCAAUUCAAAAUGCUAAACAAGUCUUACGCAAUAUGAUUAAUUCAUCGUCAGAUCAACCCAUAGGUUAUCCAAUAUUCGUAUCACCAUUAAUAACAUCAUAUUCUUCAACAAGUAAACCGAUCAAUGAUAUUAUCGGUGGUGAACUGGCAUGGAAUUUAAUCAAAAAAACGUUUUCAACAUUUUUUCAACGAGCUCAUGUAUUUUUUCUCUCACACUGUGUUGGAAAUGCAUCAGGCACAAAUGAAGUAAUACAACUAGCUGAACGACGUACAAUGUCAACGGUAACUGCAGCAGCUCAUGCACAACAAUCAUCAUUUAGUGUACCUGCUACUUCAACAUUACCUGAUCAAAUUCGUCCAUUAUCAAUUCAACAAAAUAUGAAUACCAACAAUAGUGGCGAAAUGCCCGUUAAUAAUACUGUUAGCAAUAAAAAAAUUCUUCCAUCCGAUCAACAAACAUCUGUACUUGUGAAACGAACAUCAGACAGUUUAGUAACAACAACAAUAACAACUACGACAACAACAACAACAACCACAACAAACGAUGAGCCGACACGACGACGUUCAUCAUUAUCAACAGAAUUAAAUAUUAGCGAUCGGAAUAAUCGUAAAAUGUUUAAUGCACUGAAUAAUAGUACGUCAACAACAAUCUAUUCAAAUAAAGAUUUAUGUACAAGUAGUAACAAUCAAAUUAAUAAAUCUAUGGUUACUUAUUCAACGAAUGGAAGUUCAAAUGAAAAAGUUAUUAUUAUUGAUACUACAGCUAUCUAUGAUUCAAUCAAUUUGGGUCGUCGAAUCGAUGUAAUUUGGCCAAAUGAACAAAUGAGAUUAAAUGGUGGUCGUAAUGUUUGGUCUGGUUGGAUGCCUAGUGUCGGCAUGACUGGCCUUGUUGUUCAUCGUUGGAUACCAAGACAUCGUGAUGCACGACAACGAUCUCAUAUCGAUAAAUGUAUAUUACUUGUGCACAUAGACAAGCACGAUAAAUUUGUUCCGAUCGCUGAACAUGGCGUACGAUUUAUUGGAGAAUCAACUUAUCUUUAA